AUGCAAUUAUAGCAUUGCAAGUUUCCGAUAAAAUAUACAAUAUUCAAUAAAAAAUUAAAAAAAAACAGAUAUAUUUUUAAUUUAUGUUGUGUAGUUAAUGUUAUUGUGCAAAUAAACAUUACGCAAAUUUAAUAACACCGUGAGGGCUAUCCUACAAUGUCCAUUAAUUCCGGCUGCAUUGAAGAUGAGCGUAAUAAGAUACCAAGAAUCAUGACGUUCCGGCCUAGCUAUGAGGAAUUCAAGAACUUUUCCAGUUAUGUUGAAUACAUGGAACGUCGUGGGGCUAAUUUAGCAGGCUUAGCGAAAGUGAUACCACCACGAGAAUGGGUUCCACGCAAAACUGGGUACCACAUAGACAAUAUUAACAUGACUAUACCAGCGCCCAUAUGCCAAGUAGUAUCAGGUAAGCAAGGUGAAUAUCAACAAAUUAAUGUUCAAAAGCGUUCUAUGACCUUGCGGCAGUUUAAAGAAAUGGCAGAGUCAGAACGUUACCAAACUCCGAGACAUUUCGAUUACGACGAUUUAGAACGGAAAUAUUGGAAAAAUGUAACCUAUAUUGCACCAUUCUACGCAGCAGAUGUAAAAGGUUCUCUAAGCGAUACGGAUUUGCGAAUUUGGAAUAUAAAUUGCCUUGAUACUAUAUUAAAUUAUGUUAAUAAGGACUAUGGCAUUGAAAUUGAUGGCGUGAAUACAGCUUAUCUGUAUUUUGGAAUGUGGAAAAGCUCUUUUGCAUGGCAUACUGAAGAUAUGGAUCUGUAUUCCAUAAACUACCUCCACUUCGGUGCCCCAAAAACUUGGUACGCUAUACCACCCGCAUAUGGUAGACGUUUAGAAAAAUUAGCGAAUCGACUUUUUUAUGAAAACUAUCAGAAUUGUAAUGCGUUUCUGCGCCAUAAAAUGACACUUAUUAGCCCACAAGUGUUGCGUCAAAAUAAAAUACCGUUUAAUAAAGUCACCCAAGAAGCGGGUGAAAUCAUGAUAACAUUUCCUUUUGGUUACCAUGCCGGCUUCAAUCACGGUUUUAACGGUGCAGAGUCAACAAAUUUCGCAUCAAAACGCUGGAUUGAAUAUGGCAAACGUGCAAGCAUAUGUAAUUGUCGCAAGGACAUGGUUAAAAUAUCUAUGGAAACAUUCGUUCAGCGCUUCCAACCGGAGCGCUAUGAAAACUGGCUUAAAGGAAUUGAUUUUGGUUGCCAUCCAGAAGAACCUGGAAAAAUUUGCGCAGCUCCUCCACCCACCAUCAACAAAUAUCAUUAUUCAAAGAGAAGACGAUCAGAGUCAACCGAGUCGAUAGCAUCACAAAGUACAACUCAAAAAACUAAAGAUACAAUGCAGAAACGUGGUUGUACUUCAUUAGCUGUACAGGAAGAUGCUGCCACGAAUGCGUGCUUUGCGAAAGUGCCCAAAAUUAUAUUAACAAAGAUAGAUAGCGCCAGCAGUAAAAAUUUAGAUGUUAAUGCAAUAGCAAUGGUGCGCCUCAAAAAGAUUUGGAAUAAUAUCCCAUGCGAGAAGGACGGUAAGAAUUUGCUUACCAAUGGCAUAAUAAAAAAUACCAAACGAAUGCGUUUUCAAACGAAAACCAUCAAACUGGAUGACGAAGACUAGUCUUACGAAAAAAUUUAUAUGCUCGUAUAAUAUAUAAGAAUUAUGUAUUUAGGAUAUGUUUUAUAUACGUAUGAUGAGACUGUUACCUCAAUUAGUGUAUUAAGACCACGGCAGUUCUAACAAACAAUUCAGAUAGAAUUUCAAUACUUCUAAAAUAGAUUUAUGUGUAUACAUAGUAGCAGUAGAAUUUCAAUUUCAGAAAGUUGUUCGUACCAUCAAACAAAUUUUAUAAAUAUAGUUUUACGAUUGGACUUUAAAAAUCGAAAUUUAUACCUAUGCAUCAGCGUUAAUACUCGUAUACUGAGCUUUUGUAAUAAUUUUAUAAGCGAGGCAAUAAUGCAUUUGAUUAUUUUUCUUCAAUCCAAUAUUCGCCGCACAUAAAGUUGUAUAAAUAGUAUCGAUGGUAUAUAUACAAAAAUCAUUUAUUAUAUUUACUAAUAAGAUAUUCACAUGAGCAUGCCGUAAGCUCCACUGUCGUGAGAACGCCUGUUUUAGUUGGGAUGCUCUCGAUAUUUUUUUGUUCACAAUCUUAUACAAUUGCCAUAGAAAGUAUUUUUCUUACAUGUUUAAAAUAUGUACUAUAGGUACAUAUCUUCUGCUCAAAUAUGAACGAGACGGUAUCAAUAAAACGGUCCGCGGAUGACAUAUGGCAAAAAUAAAUUUUUUGUUUUUUGGUAGGACUGUUAUAAGCUUACAUGGCAAAUUUCAGCGUGAUAUGUCACAUAGUUUGUUUUCUGUGCUACUGUAAACAAGUCAAGCUCGAGUGUGUUCUUCGAAUUCGCUUUUAUGACUUCAAUUGUCUCAAAAUGUUUUCCACGGAGCGGCAACUUGAGCUUAGGAAACAGGAAAAAGUCACAUGGAGCCAUAUCAGGCGAAUACGGUGCUUGCGGAACGAUAUUAACAUUAUUUUUGUUCAAAUAAUCGCGAACAAGACAUGAUGUGUGAGCUGGUGCAUUAUCGUGAUGCAAGAACCAUGACUUGUUGUCCCACAAUUCCUUCCUUUUAAGACGAAUGUUCUCGCGCAAACGCUUUAAAACGUCUAAAUAAUAUUCAGCGUUAACCGAUUUUGCGAUUUGUGCGAUUUUCAAGCACAAUUUCCUUUACUUUUCCGAUGUUUUCGUCGUUUACUCAUGUUGCUGGACGACGUUCAUGAGGCAAGUUUUCAACCGAUGUACGGCCCUCUUUGAACGAUUUGUACCACUGGAAAACACGUGCACG